CUCCUCUUUAUUUAUUAUAAUUUAAGAUUUAAUACCUAUUAUGCUGUCCAUCUCUAUUUUACUCAGAUCCACCACUUUAUUUUAUUUUAAAUAUAACCUACUAUUUUAAAUUUCUCUACUCUAUCUUAUCGUUUUCUAAUUUAUUUUAUUUUAAUAUUCUCUAUUUCUACUAUUCCGCUCUUUCUGUCUCUUUCUUCUGUUUUAAUUCCCACACCUUCUCUUUUUCCUAGAUCUCUCAGUUUUGUCCUCUAUCUUUUAUAAAUUUAUGAUCGUGAUAUUAUUUAUUAGUUUUUUGCCUGAUUUUGGUGGUGUUUUUUCUGGAUUUAAGGCUUUCGACUUUUGUGGGUUUGGCUGUGGAAUGUGAGAAAUAUCGUUUCUAGCCUCUUCGAGGCUCAGAUUUACUCAUUUUUUCCUUUUUUGUAAAAUGCUUUUUCUUUUUUAGUCAUUUAAUCCCCUAAAUUGCCAUGUUUUCGGGGACUCCUGCGCUUUGUCUCCUACCCCUUACAGGGUGUGUUUUUUUCGUUUAUCCUCCGUUUUAUCUUUCUCAUAUUUUUUAUUGAACGAUUCUUCUAUUGAAAUUAGGAAUCCUUGCUAAUGGGCGAACCCGAGACCACAUUACACCAGCCCUUUUUUACGUAUCCCCAUGACUCUCGUUUACUGUUGGUUAUGUUAUGAAAUUCUCGCUCCCUUUUCUCGAAUUUUUGUCUAUUUGUACUUUUAUUUGAAUGCCUUUUUAUCUCUAAAGAUUCUGAUGCCUUUCAUCGGAUCCUUUUCUCUUUUUGCCUUUGAAUUAGUUCUCUGAGUCUCUUUAUUCUUUUCCCCUUCAGAACCAUCAUUGGCUUCCAAAGGUAAAAUCUAACAACGCUCCAGAACCUUCCAUUAAACGGUAGCGAUUUUCACUAUACCACCUUACUAAUUCGAUAUCACCGAAAAAGUACCGUUUCGUUUUAUUUUCUAUACUCAACCCUAUUUUAUCCAUUCAGGGUCUUAAUUCUACCACAAAUACACCAUUUUUUAUUUUCCCCGAAGAUUUCCCUCAUCUUCACGAAAAUUUUACUCAUUAGUUUUCCCCUUUCUCGAUUCUCGUCAACAUUCCAGCUAAUUUAAGUUAACAUUUGUUAACUCUAGUUAACUUAAAUUAUUCCAUCUUUAAUCCGAUAAAAUUAUAGCUAUGAACAGUCCGAACGAGUUCGAGGAGGUUCCCGUUGGUAACCAGGACGAGGUUUUUGACGAGAUUCAGGAAGAACAGAUGCUCUCCGAACUCAACUCCUCUCAAACUGACUCCAAAUCCACUCAUUCCUCCAACACAACUGAUUCUAACACGAUACAAACAGAUGACACUAAUACUACUGAGAAUAGUAUCGAUAACACUCUGGAGAAUACCAUGAAUAACAGUAUGGACAACGCUAUGGACAAUGGUAUGGACAACAGUGUGGGAAACAGUAUGGAUAAUAAUGGAAUGGAUUCAGUAGAACCAGUUAACAGCAGUGAGCCACCUGAUUAUGACCAAAUUGAUUACGAUGAACCAGUAGAAUAUGAGUUAGGAGACCUGCCUUGUGCUCCAGCCCCUGCCGUCGACAUAAAGUUAUUUGUGGCAAGAAUCCCAAAAACAUACGAGGAGUCAGACUUGCGUCGUUUGUUUCAGGAGUUUGGGCCAGUUAAGGACGUGAUAGUGAUAAGGGACAAAGUGACAAACUCCCAUAAGAACUGUGCCUUUGUGAAAAUGGCCUCAAUCUGCCAGGCAGAUGCGGCCGUAAGACGUUUAAACAACCAGAGGGUUAUUGACUCUUCACUAGGAGCUGUUCAAAUCCGUUACGCAACUGGCGAAGUUGAACGCUUAGGCUUUACUCAGAUGGCUGGUGAGCCGGGCAUGGACGAGGCCAAGUUGUUUGUAGGUUCUCUUCCCAAAUCACUUACUGAAGAUGAUUUGGCCUCUUUGUUCAAAGAUUUUGGAGAACCUUUGGAGGUGUUUGUGCUAAAAGACUUAACUUGUGGCGGCAAUAAAGGCUGUGGCUUUGUGAAGAUGAAGUACAAGGAGCAGGCUUUAUACGCCAUAAAGGAACUAAAUGGCAAGAAAAUGCUAGAAGGUUCCAUACGUCCACUUGAGGUUCGCUUCGCCAUGAAUAAAACUGGGGUCAGUGGUCAGGCUCAGGACUUCGAGUCUCGACGAAAACGCAGCCGCGCUUCAGGCAUGAACCAUCCCCCUCCAUCAAAUCCUCCCUCAAAUCCAUCGGCCCAGAAACAUGUCAGAAAGGAUAAGAAUUUUGGAUAUGUCAACUACAACAAUGGAAACCCCCGCAUGGCUGGCCCAUGGAAGGAAUAUAUAUCACCUGACGGCAGAUUCUACUAUUACAACAUUGAUAAUGGAACUACGCAGUGGGAAGUGCCAAAAGAAUUCCUAAACCUCAACUCAAACUACAGUGGCUCCAAUUAUCACAAUAAUAGUAACAAUUAUCACAACAACAACUACAACAACUAUGGUCACAGUGGUGGUAAUAACUAUAAUAAUAAUUCUGGCUCUGGUGGCGACAAUUCAUUAUUUAUUUUUCACAUCCCACCUCAGUGGAAUAACAACGACUUGUUCAGAACUUUCAGUCCCUUUGGUCGUGUGGUCCAGGCUCGCAUCGCCAUUGACCGGAGCACGAAUCGCAGCAAGGGCUACGCCUUCGUCUCCUACGACAACCCUGAAAGUGCGACUCAGGCCGUGGCCAACAUGAACGGCUUCACUAUCAUGGGCAAGAAACUACGUGUCAACUACAAAACCACAAACAACCGCUCCAAUCCUUAUUAAAUAUCCGAUUAUUCUUUUUUUAAAAUUAUAAUCUUACACACAAUUA